GAAAAUAUCAGUCUCUCAAUAGUUGUCCCCCUUUAUUCUUCAUACGCCAUAUGUAUCGGAAAGAUGGGAGUGCCUUGGACAGAAUGUCUGUUGUGCUGUGUGGUAGUAAUGCAUGUGCUCGUCUGUCCGUACACCAAAGUUGAGGAAUCGUUCAAUAUACAAGCCAUACAUGACAUAUUGCAUUAUUCCACUAACAUCUCACAGUAUGAUCAUCUUCAGUAUCCAGGUGUUGUACCAAGGACAUUUUUAGGACCUCUUGUUGUAGCUAUCUCUUCAUCUCCAGUCAUUGGCGCGAUGUGGCUGAUGAAUGCUCCAAAAAUAUUUGAACAAAUUGUUGUAAGACUAUGUCUUGGAAAUGCAGUGUUAGUUGGUCUGUUGAUGUAUGCAGAUGCUGUAAAGAGUGUGUUUGGACGUCAGACGUCAAGAUUUAUGCUAAUUAUAACUGCCUCACAGUUUCAUUUCCUGUUUUACUCCUCGCGCACUUUACCAAAUAUUUUCGCCCUUGUUCUAGUUUUAUUUGCGGUAAGAUCCUGGCUAAAACAACUUCAUAGAUCCUUCAUAUGGCUAUCAGGGGCAGCAAUUCUGAUCUUCCGUGCAGAGUUAUCUCUCUUUCUUGGUAUUUUACUACUAUUGGAUUUAAUAAGGCAAAGAGUAUCCAUCAUAUACGUCAUCAAGACGGCACUUCCUGCUGCUAUUGUUUUACUAGCACUAACUGUUACAGUGGAUUCAUAUUUCUGGCAGCGCUGGUUGUGGCCAGAAGGGGAGGUGCUAUGGUAUAACACAAUACUCAACAAAAGCUCAAACUGGGGUACAUUACCAUUCCUGUGGUAUUUUUACUCGGCUUUGCCAAGGGCCUUGUCAUUUAGUAUAUUUCUUGUACCUGUAGGACUCUGUCUGUCUCCGAGGCUCAUGCAGCUUGUGUUACCUGCGUUGACGUUUGUGUUUCUGUAUUCAUUUUUACCACACAAGGAGCUGAGAUUCAUCAUCUAUGUCAUACCAGUGUGUAAUACAGCUGUGGCAGAGGCUUUACAUAAACUAUGGAUCAACAGGAACAAAUCUGUACUCAGAAAGUUGCUGGCAUUUGGUGCACUACUCCAUAUUUGUGGCAACAUUUUAACGUCGGGGAUAUUUCUGUAUACAUCGUAUCAGAACUAUCCAGGUGGUGAGGCAUUGCGGAGAUUUCAUGAGAUCGAAGCACCAACAUCAGCUAUACAUGUACAUAUUGAUGUUGCCGCGGCACAGACAGGAAUAACAAGAUUUGGUCAAUUGUAUCCCGAUUGGAUAUAUAAUAAAACUGAAGACUUAGUGCCAGGGGGGUCAGAAAUGAUGUCAUACUCUCAUCUUAUAAUUGGAAAUUCUACUAACUUAAAAUAUUAUGAAAAUAGCCAUAUUGUAAUAGACACAGUGGAAGGAUUUGAUGGGUUACAUAUUGACAGAAAUAAGCUGCCAUUCUUCUUCUGGAAACAUAAACCCAAAAUAUGGAUACUGAAGACAAUUUGAAGUGUAUUCAAAAAGUCAAUUUUCCAAAGAUACGAAGAUUAGACUCCUAUUUUCAUAUGUAGAUUAUUACAGGGUUGGUGAUCACAUGGCACUUGGUCACUGUUUAUGGUAUUUGUUAAUUUUUUGCUAUAUCUUUCAAUAUUUGAAUAAUACACACACACCACUACAAUAGGAAGAUAAAUAUUUAAAAUGGAAACAGUAAAUAGUUACCUGGAAUAUGGUACUUGUUUAUUUUUCAAAUAUUGAAUUUUUCAAAUAUUAAAAAAUAUAUUGAAAAAUAGACCUACUCCGUAAUUAAGAAUAUUUGAGUUUUUCCCAGCUAAUCCGUAGGUUCAUACAGUUGCAGCUUUGAAAAUAAGCACAACAGAUUUACUAUUGUGACAGGUAAUGCACUGUGAAGCUAUAACAGUAAAAGUUUGUACCUAUGAAUUAGCUAGGAAAAACCCACAUUUGCUGAGUUCUGGAUAACACCUAUAAGCAAAUACCAUUAGUGAUGGCCUAAUGAUACCGUAAACAAAAAAGUCACGUGUUCACACACAAUGUUAUUUUUUGCUGAAUGAAGUCAUUUAUUUUGGUUUUUGGGUGCAACAUAAUCAUGGGCAAAAAUUUCUCUAUAUUAAUUGAAGUUCUUAGGUUGACUACAUUUUGAUCUACCAGAUUGCAUUUUGGUAGAUAAAUUCUGAGUUAUAAAUCUAGCGUCCAUAUUUCCAGAAUUAUCUCCUUCUUAAACUUUGAAUUGUUGUUACUCUGAUUCUUUAACUUUCUUAUUUCUCUAUUUAUUUACUUCAAAUUUAAAAAAGACCUUCAUUAUCAAGACCUACUUCAUAUGUGAUUAGAUUUAUAAGACAUGUGUUUUCAUGAUUAUUUUCAUUUCAACUUGAAAUCUUUUUGAUUUUUCUUUUAAUUUUCUUCUUUCUGUUUACUGUUCUUUUUUGUGAUAAUCAAUGGUUUCUUUUAUAAACUUGAGAUAAUUGUUCUUUGUUACACUAACAUCAUGUAUGAAAAUGUUUAUAAGUCUAGCAUCUUUAAUUAUUUCAAGACUUAUUUCAUCUUAGUUUCAGAAUUUUGCUUUUAAAAAUGUUAUAUUCUGGUAACAACCAGGGUUGUUUAAAGAUUUAUCCUCAAAGCCUCUGUCAGUUGGUCUGUCUGCCUGUUUCUAAAAACUGUUUCCUGAGACACAAAUUUACUUAAAAUAGAGAAAAGUUGAAACAUCAGUUAUACAUAUUCAUCUUGAGAUAAUUGGAUCUUUUGAUUAACAUAUAACUUAGAUAAGACAAACUAAGAACUCAAAAGAUUUAGGUUUAUUCAUGUCAUUCAUUCAUUCAAUGACAUAAUUCAAUGACCAAUGGCCCUUCAGAAUGUUGUUUGGUUCUAACCGGUAGAGGACUUAUGGAUUGCUUGCAAUACUAUGAUAAUUGCUUGUUUUGAGUAAUAGAUUUUUUACAACAAUGAGAUACUGUACACAAUAGUACAUUUGAAACGUUUAUUCUAGUUGUUACAUUUGAAACACUUAAUCUUUAUGUCACAUUUGAAACAUUUAUUAGACGUUACAUUUAAAACAUUUAUUAGACGUUACAUUUGAAACAUUUAUUCUAGAUGUUACAUUUGAAUCAUUUAAAAUAUUCUAGAUGUUACAUUUGAAAUAUUUAUUCUAGAUGUUACAUUUGAAACAUUUAAUCUAUCUAUAUGUUACAGUUGAAAUGUUACAUUUGAAACAUUUAUUCUCUAUGUUACAUUUGAGACAUUUAUUCUUUAUACUACAUUUGAAACAUUUAUUCUAUAUGUUACAAUUGAAACAUUUAUUCUAGACGUUAUAUUUAAAAUUUUAUUGUAGACGUUACAUUUGAAACAUUUAUUCUAGAUGUUUCAUUUGAAACAUUAAUUCUAUAUGUUACAUUUGAAACGUUUAUUCUAGACGUUAUGAUUGAUAACUACUUUGUAAAAUACCAUUAUUCUUAUGGUAAAAUUGAUAUUCCUGAUUUCAAGUGGAUUGUAUUUGAGCUACAGAACUAGGUAAUUUCAUUGAUUUAGCAUUCAGGCUUACCUGUAUGUUAUGAUAAAGUGUUACAUACCUGUAUUGUGAAUAAAGAAGAAAAAACAUGUUGGCUUUUACAUGAUCUCCAGAACAACCUUUCUUUCAGUCUCAUCUUCAAAUAGGAAAUAACUUUAUAAAUGUGAUAUAAUUAAUUUAAAAAAAAGAGGCAAAUAUAUGACAAACCUUUUUGAUGAUUCGUUCGUUUCUUUCUUUCUUUAAAAAUAUAUUAUGCUCAAAUUUGAUAAUUGAAUAUAGUGAUAAUUGCUUUGCAGUCCCUUUUUGAAUGAAAAAUUAGCAUCCUUUGAAUACACACAGAGAAGAAAUAUUACGUUUUAAACUCUACAUGUCAGACGUAACACAAUAUGGAUACUUAGUGUCAUAAAAAAACCGGCAGUAUAUAAACUUAACCAGUAAUUUAAACUUCCUAAACAUUUUAUGCAUUCUCCUGUUCAAAUUAUACAUUUUCAGUUUGAAUUUUCCUAGAUUUCAAUAAAUUUCUGAUAUAAAAGUAUAUCUGAAAACGUUUGAGAAAAAUUUUGUUGUUAAGGGAAAUUUUAGGAUUGAAUUCUCAAUAUUGUGACAGAAUUUAAUUAGAUUGUUUGCAGAGCCACAAUAUUUUAAUUAAAUGUAAAUGCAUAAGUAUGAGAAUUAAUUUCAAAAAUAAUUAUAUAUAGGGUGAUUAUAAGACUAUCUUGAUUUGUCUGGCGUGAAUAAUGUGCGAACUAUAUUGUAGUCAGUGUGUUUAAUUACGCUGAAUGGGAUUUUGUAUAAAAAAAAUCUAUGAGGAUUAGAUAAUAAUACUUCCUUGUAAUUUUGAUAUUCAAUCUAUUAUUAAAUGUCAUGUAAUGACAUUCAGGUCAAUAACCUAAUCCCAGAUUACACAUAUAUGUGAAUUAUGCAAUACUUUUUUUCUUUGUCUCAUGUCAUUUUUAGCUCGACUUUUCUAUGAAAAGGGGAGCUAUCCUACUCGCCCCGGCGUCGGCGUCGGCGUUAGCGUUAGCGUUAGCGUUGGCGUCACACCUUGGUUAAGUUUUUCGUACCACCCCACUUUAUUUCAGAAGUAUUACAAGUAUGGCUUUGAAACUUACCAUACUUGUUCACCAUCAUAACCUCCAUCUACAGACAAGAGUACAUAACUCUGUCAAGGUUUUUGACAGAAUUAUGGCCCUUUUUUGACUUAGAAAGUGUAUUGAGCUUGGUUAAGUUUUUUGUACCACCUCACUUUAUUUCAAAACCAUUGGAGGUAUUGCUUUGAAACUGACCAUACUUGUUUACCAUCACGACCUUCAUCAACAGACAAGAGGACAUAACUCUGUCAAGGUUUUUGACAGAAUUAUGCCCCUUUUUGACUUAGAAAAUACAUUGAAUAUGGGGGUAAAAUCCACUUAUUGCCUUAACCCUUUGAGAUAUUGCUUUGAAACUUUUAAUGCUAUUUCACAUCAUUACCCCCAUCUGUACGCAAGAGAAGGUAACUCUGUCAAGGAUUUGUUUUAAAAAUUAAGGCCUUUUAUCGACUUAGAAUCUUGGUUAAGUUUUUUUGUACCAC